GGUAUAUAAGGUGGUGGACACUUUGAGCUGGCAUUAGACUCUACCAUGAAGCUUUUGAUAUACUGCUGCUUGUUGGCGGCUGCUGCAAACGCCGCCCCUCAAGGGUACAGUCUGGCCACACCCUCUGGUCCACGGUUCUCUUCUGGCUCUGGGUUCUCCGGUGGCUCUUUUCGUGGUGGGUUCUCAUCGCGUGGCUCUGGCUUCUCAGGCGGUUCAUCGUUUGGUUCGAGUUUCUCUUCAGGAAGUUCAGGGUUCUCAGGUAGUUCAGGGUUCUCGGGUGGUUCAGGGUUCUCAGGUGGCUCUGGCUCUUAUGGGGGUGGGGGAGGUGGGGGCAGCUGUGGUCCUGGACAGGUCCGUCAUGUGGACGGCAGCUGUGUGACUCCUCAGGUCACUCGCAACUUGUAUGUGUACACUGUCCCUCCAGCAGCUCCAGUAGUGGGCCCACGACCAAACGUUCCUCCACCAAGAGUUGAACACAAUGUUAUCUUCAUUCGCACCCCAGAGAACGGCCCAGGCCAGGAACCCAUUGUCGUGCCACCACCACAAACAAGGAACGUCGUGUACGUCCUCAACAAGCGACCUGAAGGAGACCAGCAGGUCAUCCACGUACCAGCACCAGAACAAGAGACUCCUGAGGUGUUCUUCAUCAACUACGGUGAGGGAGACAACCCAACUCUGCCCACCGGCGAGGACCUCCAGUCUGCCCUCAACUCUGCUACCCAGGGUGCCGGCAAUGUCAUUGGUAGCACCGGAGGCGGUAUUGGCGGUGGGGUUGGUAUCAUUGGUGGUGGCGGUGGCGGCGGCGGUGGCAUCAUUGGUGGUGGCGGCGGCGGUGGCAUCAUUGGUGGUGGCGGUGGUGGCAUCAUUGGCGGCGGCGGCAUCAUCAUUGGUGGUGGUGGUGGCGGCGGCGGCAUCAUUGGUGGUGGCGGCGGCGGCGGCAUCAUUGGUGGUGGCGGUGGUGGUUACAGUCCUCCCUCAUCAUUGUAUUCACAGCCAUAGUCACGGUCUUUAUUCCUCUAUAUUGAUGUGAAUAAUUUUGUCAAGUGACUGCAUCUAUCCUCUCCAAUAUGUUGAUCAUUGUUACAAAGUAAUUCAGGCUCAGUUGAUUUCCUUGAAUUACUGAUUUUCUUUUGUUUAUUAAAAUUAUAUACAAAUAAAUGGGUUAUACA